UUUGUAUGGAUUGGCUUGCCUGUGUCGGUGUAGCCCAUCCUUUCAUAUACACAUCUGCGGAAGUGCGCAGCUGCCGCGCAGCUCUGCUGCCCUCGAAAAUCUUUUAUUGUUUCACUUCAUUUUGCAGCGUUUCAUUCAGCGGGUUGAACAGCAACAGAACAAAAAAAAAAAAAAAAUAUCGUAACAAAUACCAGUGCAUCAUGGCGGACGAGCAAGAAAUUAUGUGCAAAUUAGAAAGCAUCAAAGAAAUAAGGAACAAGACCAUUCAGAUGGAGAAGAUCAAGUCGAGACUGAAGUCCGAGUUCGAGGCGCUGGAGUCGGAGGAGAAGCACCUGAAGGAGUACAAGCAGGAAAUGGACCUCCUGCUGCAGGAGAAGAUGGCCCACGUGGAGGAGCUGCGACUCAUCCAUGCCGACAUCAACGUGAUGGAGAACACCAUAAAGCAGUCUGAGAAUGACCUGAACAAGCUGCUGGAGUCCACUCGGCGCCUCCACGAAGAGUACAAGCCCCUGAAGGAGCAUGUGGAUGCGCUGAGGAUGACGCUGGGUCUGCAGAGGCUGCCAGACCUGUGCGAGGAAGAGGAGAAGCUGUCGCUGGAUUACUUUGAGAAGCAGAAAGCGGAAUGGCAGACGGAACCCCAGGAGCCCCCCAUCCCAGAGUCUCUGGCGGCCGCCGCUGCUGCCGCCCAGCAGCUCCAGGCCGCCAGGAAGCAGGACGCCAGACAGACGGCCACCUUCAGGCAACAGCCCCCGCCCAUGAAGGCGUGUCUAUCGUGCCACCAGCAAAUCCACCGCAACGCCCCUAUUUGUCCUCUGUGCAAAGCCAAGAGCCGUUCGAGGAACCCCAAGAAACCAAAGAGGAAGCCAGACGAAUGACGAGAGGCACGGAUAGCUACCGCUUUAGGACUUUUAUUUUAAUCUAAAAUAUAUGCAGUUAUGUGUGAUGUAAGCACAAACUUCUAAUUAUUUUUUAACUGGAGGUGUUUUUUUUUUU